AUGCCAACCAAGGGUUCUGCUAAAAGCCCCUAUAGGGGCCUUGUGAUUUCACUCUCCCUUCUUCUCGUCGCUUUUGUUCUUUGGUUCUCCACUCAAUUGGCUGCUGCUGCUCAAUGGCCUCAAGGAACCCCUCUAGACUUAUCUUCUCCUUUUACGUCCAAAAAGAACAUCAUUAUGAUGGUAACCGAUGGAACAGGCCCUGCUUCUAUCAAUAUGGCACGCUCUUAUCGCCAAUAUCGCGAUAAUCUUAACUAUGACGAUCUACUUGAACUAGAUAAGCAUUUCAUAGGCUCAAGUAGAACAAGAAGCAACUCUUCUCUUAUUACGGACUCUGCUGCUGGCGCCACCGUUUUUUCAUGUGGUCUCAAAACCUAUAAUGGUGCCAUUGCCGUUGAUCCUUUGAAGAAUCCUCGUGGUACUAUCUUAGAAGCGUUGAAAUUGAAGGGUUAUAAGACCGGGUUGGUGGUCACUACAUCAAUAACUGAUGCUACUCCUGCUGCUUUCAACUCACACGUCGAUUAUAGAUUUAUGCAAUCUCUUAUUGCGAAUCAGCAGCUUGGUUUUAAUACUACAUUGGGUUCUAUGACCGAUUUAAUGAUUGGUGGAGGUCGUUGCUUCUAUCUUCCAGGAAAUUCGGUUGGUGGUUGUCGUGAUGACAACAGAAAUUUGAUUGAGGAGGCUCAGAAACUUGGUUUCAACGUGGCAACCUCUAAAAAAGAGUUCGAUUCGUGGCAACUUGGCCAAAACGUCUCUUUACCGAUGCUUUCUCUUCUUGCCUACUAUAAUAUCCCCUAUGAUUUGGAUAGAGAUGAAGAAAAGUAUCCUAGUUUGGAAGAAGAAACAAUAACUGCGUUGAACGUUCUCUCUAAUUCCACCAGAGACUCGAAUCAGGGCUUUUUCUUGAUGGUGGAAGGAUCCAGAAUCGAUCAUGCCGGUCAUCAGAAUGAUCCCGCUGCUCAAGUGAGAGAAGUUUUGGCCUAUGACAAGGCAUUCAAGGCAGUUAUCGAUUUUGCAGACUCUUCAGAUGUUCCCACAUACAUUGUUUCCACUUCUGAUCAUGAAACUGGUGGAUUGGAUGUUGGACGUCAGAUUACCAAAAGCUAUCCAGAUUAUCUUUGGAAACCUGAUGUUUUGGACAAUGCCACCCAUUCCGGUGAAUAUUUAACGCAGCGGGUUCAUGAAUUUGCAGCAUCAACGAAGGAUGCCGGUCAAUUGACCAAUUUUAUUGAGAAACAGAUCUUUGAAUUUGGUUUAGGUAUCUAUGAUUAUACAUUCAAAGACGUUCAAAAGGCUAUCGAAUACAAAGAGAGCCUAGAGCUCGGAAAUUACCUCAAUGAGAUGGUUUCACACAGAGCUCAGGUUGGCUGGUCCACCCAUGGACAUACUGCUGUUGAUGUGAACAUAUAUGCUCAUAGUAAUACAGAGGAAGGCCAGCAAUUACUCCACAAGUACCUUCUUGGAAACCACGAGAACGUGGAGAUUGGUCAGUUCUGGCAGACAUUAUGCGAUGUCAAUUUGGAUGAUAUAACCCACAAGUUGAGAGGAACAGUACAUAAUGUUGACGUAGAAGCUGCCGAGGAGCAUUCCGAGAGUUUGUAUGGUCAUGAAAUGGGAUCAGUUGAGUGGUAA